AUGUCAGACGCUGAACAGACCGAUAAUGAGGAUUUCUCCGAGCUGAAGACAGCUCAGAAUAGGAAGAACAAAAAGGCUGGAGGAUGGCAAUCAUUAGGUGAGUGGAUCUCUUUUUUUUAUGUUUAUUUCUUAGGUCUCGACCAUCCUAUCUUCAAGGCUAUUCAAAGGCAGGGAUAUAAUCAACCAACUCCCAUCCAGAGAAAAGCGAUUCCACCGAUUUUGGAUGGAAAGGACACUGUGGCCAUGAGCAGAACAGGAUCUGGAAAGACCGCCGCUUUUGUGAUUCCUAUGCUUCAGAAAUUGAAACAGAGGGAUAUGAAGGGAGCCAGAGCUCUGUUGCUCUCUCCGACGAGAGAAUUGGCAAUGCAAACCUUUAAAGUUGUCAAAGAAGUAAGUCUUUAUGUUAUUCAUGAUGUUCAAUGUAAUUUCUUGCAGUUGGGACGUUUUACUGGCCUGAGAUGUGCUUGUUUAGUCGGAGGAGAUAAUAUGGAGGAUCAAUUUGAAUCCCUUCAUCAGAAUCCUGACAUGUAAGUUUAUACAAUGUCUUAUUUUGUUAUUUUUCUUUUAGAAUUCUGGCGACGCCUGGGAGACUGCUCCAUAUUGCGGUGGAAAUGAACCUGAAGUUGACCUUUGUGGAGUAUGUAGUAUUCGACGAGGCGGAUCGUUUGUUUGAGAUGGGAUUGGCUGAACAAUUACACGAUAUUCUUAAAAGAUUGCCUGAUAAUAGACAAACCCUAUUAUUCUCGGCUACACUGCCCAAAAUGUUGAUCGAAUUUGCGAACGCUGGUCUCUCAGAGCCGGUACUUGGUAAGUUGUUAUAUUUUUUUAUUUGUGCUGGGUUUAGUUUAUGAUUAUAUUAUCCUUUAGUUCGAUUGGAUGUUGAGACCAAAAUCAGUGAUAAACUGACGAUGCAAUUCUUUUCAACUCGAAUGAAUGAUAAACUUGGAGCUUUGCUAUCUCUUGCUCGCGAAGCUGAAAGGAACAAGGAGCAGACGAUUAUUUUUUGCGCGACCAUCAGACAUGUGGAAUAUUAUGUUGCGAUGUUCAAAGAGACUGGAAUCAUCGCUUCGUAUCUGCAUUCACAAAUGGAACCAUCGAGUAGAAGGUUCAAUAUUCAACGAUUUAGAGACAAAGUAACCAUGCUCUUGGUGGUCACUGAUGUCGCUGCUCGAGGUGUUGAUAUUCCUCUUUUGGACUGUGUUAUCAAUGUUCAUUUCCCUGCCAAACCAAAAUUAUUUGUUCACAGAGUCGGUAAGUGUGGUAUUUCCUCAUUGAGAUAUAUUAGAGAAAAAAAAAUUAUAUGGCACUCCUCAUCUGGUAAAAACUAAACUCAUAUCUUUUUAGGGCGUGUUGCUCGUGCUGGAAAGUCUGGAAGGGCCAUUAGCUUGGUCUCCCCCGAUGAAUACGCCUAUCUGAUGGAUCUGCUCCUCUUUCUUAAUGUCCCUUUGCGAAUUGCAAAGGAAAGAGAAGCAUAUAAUGAACAGGUCUCUACUUUCGGAAGAUUCCCGGAAGCCCUAGUCCAUUUGGAAGAUGAUUUUAUCAAAUAUACCCAUGAAAGAGCUCUUGAGAUUGUAAGUUUUAAUGAUACAUGAAUACAGUGUCCAAAAAUUAGGAAGCUUCAAAAUUGAAGAACACUCUGAAGAUUAAUGUCAUACCCUGUAUUCUUGAUGUUUAGAGUGACCUGAGAAACAAAUCGGAGAAUGCGAUGAAGAAGUUCAUUUCCACCAAGCCUCCCCCAUCAGCAGAAUCCGUGCGAAGAGCCAAGGCCGAGCUGGCCAAAAUUGAAUCCCCCAUCCAUCCGUAUUUCAAAGAGUUUUGUGGAACCGAGGAACAAACGAACUUUUUGAAUGGAAUCAAAAAUUGGCGCCCUCAGGCAACAAUCUUCGAAUUGAAUGUGGGCUCCAAGAAUCAAGGAGCUCAGAUUAUGAAAUUGAAAAGGAAAAAACAUCAGAAGAUUAUAGACAAAAAGAAGUAUGGACAAAAGGACGAGCAGGGAGGAGAGGAUGAAGGAGAAGAUAAGAUUGAAAAUGAGGAAGCCGAUGAAACUUCGAUUCAGAAGACUUUCAAUGAAGUGGUUUCGGGUCGAAAGUUCGAUCCAGAAUUUACGCAAAAACCGAAGAAAAGAAAGUUGGAUGAGGAGAAACAGAAGGAAAAGGAACAGAACUAUCUUCGUUAUACUCCGGCUGAUCAAAACACCGAAAGACAGCUCGCAGUCAACGACAACUUUGAAAGAGCGGCUCAGGAAGUUAGCAUAGACAUCAACGCUGACGAUGACAAAGGAAUCUACAAGAUGCAGCACAAAAAGAAAUGGUAAGAUUAGAUUUAAAAUGGUGUUGUUAUUAGUAUGAGAUCACAUUGAUUUUUCUUUUUUUUUGUAAAGCAUAUUGUCUAUUUUAGGGAUCGAAAACACAAGAAGUUCAUAACAGAUCCCAGCGCAUCUGUUAAACGAAUCCGAACCGAAGAAGGGACCUGGGUCCCGGCUUCGUACAAAUCUGGACGAUACGAGCAAUGGACAAAGAAACAAAAAGUCGGAGUGGCUGAUGAUGAUGACCAACAAGACGAACCGAGACGAAAGAAAUUCAAAGGGAAGAUGCCUCAGGGCCCCAAGGUCAGAUCCGAGAGGAAAUCAGGACCUCAAAUCGCGAAAGAAAGGAAACGGAAGGAGAAGAUCCAGAACUUCCAAAAUGAACGAAGACACAAAAGACUCCAAAGAAGCACUAAUAAGAGUAAAUUCUCUAAGGUCAGGAAGUAAUUGUUACUUGUUAUUGCACUUGUUAAUCUUUAUUGUUGCGAAUAAAUUUAUGUUUGGUCUAAAUUUCCUAAAGAAAGAUUAUUUUGAAAUAAAGGAAAGAGGAAUUUUGAGCUUGUGAGGGAUAAGAACAGCAAUGAAGAGACUUUUUUUUGUCAUUUUGUUUACUUUUUUACGUUUUAUCCAUAAAAAAUGUAAAAAAAUCAUGGGUUUCUGCAAGCACAACCCACUAUAAUAUAAUUAUUUGAUUCGUAAUGAACGAAUAGACCUUCUGCAGCCUAGUUUUACGUAAAUCGUAUUUUUCCGCAGGCUACAAGUAUCCUCUGUGUUUGUCUCCUCCCCCUCCGAUCUUUUACUUGUGGCAUUCCGCCCAAAGUAAAAAUAUUUUUGGCGCGAAAAUGUUGUUCGAGCUGCUUGUGAGCGCGCUUUUUACCCUCAUUUUGGUUUAGAUCUCCAUUGCGGACAGUCGCUUGUUACCCUUCUCCAUCACCAUGUUCGAGGCCAAGCUUUCCCAGUCUCUGUUGUUGAAGAGAGUUAUCGAUUCCAUCAAGGAUUUGGUUACGGAUGCUCCAUUCGACUGUAGCGAGACCGCUCUCAGCCUCCAGGUAGGGAUUUGACUUUCAUUUUGCUGACUUUGGAGAUCCAUUUCUGUUAUCCACGGUGGACAGCAUAAAUUGUUGUUGUAAAUGGAAUUUAAUGGCUCGAUUUUAGUCUAUGGACGGUUCCCACGUCGCCCUCGUCUCUCUGCGUCUUGGAGUCGGGAUUUUCGACGUCUAUCGUUGUGAUAGAGCUGUCAAUCUUGGUCUCAGCUUGGUCCACAUGUCCAAUGCUUUGAAAUGCGCCAAGAACGACGACUCGUGCGCCAUCAAAUACGACGAAGAGGAAGGAGAUGGUUUGACUUUGACCUUCGAGGAUAACAAAGGCAGGAAACAGGAGAUUCUUGUAAAACUUAUGGACAUUGACUGUGAACAUCUUGGAGUCCCUGACCAGAAGUACUCAUGUAUCAUCGAGAUGCCAUCUCAAGAGUUCGCCAGGACCGUCCGAGAUCUAUCCAAUUAUUCUGAUACAGUGGUAAUCAACUGUCAGAAGGAUGGAGUUCAAUUCAAGGCGACCGGAGAAGGAGGUACCAACACAGUCAGCUUUUCAUCGGAAGGAAAUGAUGAGGAGGAAGAGAAUGAGGUAGGAUUUUAUUUUGCUUUCCUUGUUUGUCUAGGUUGGAAAAGCACAUGGAUUUUUUGCUAUGAAUACUUGUUUUGAAAAGUAUAGCAUUGAUCAUGGGGAAUGCAAUCUAAUUCCUUUAUUUUUCAGCGAGUUAGCGUCAAUGUCAAAGAGCCAGUCAAGCUCAGUUUCUCCAUCAAAUACCUGAAUCAAUUCUCGAAGGCCGCCAGUAUUUCACCUAGAGUUCGUCUAUCGCUGGCUGCAGCUGUUCCCGUUGUUGUCGAAUUCCAGAUCGAAGACGAUGGAUUCCUCAAGUUCUACUUGGCCCCCAAGAUCGACGACGACGCCGACAUGGACUCCUAA